AUGUGGCCUGCCUGCGAGAGGCCGAGAGUGCCGAGCCGGCAGGCAAAGGGUGCAAAUGCGGGCCUGGAGCUGGGACGCAGUCUACAAGGUGGCGUCACUAUGUGGACAGCCAUCCGCGNNCAGAUGUCAGACGAAUCCAAGCGCGCGCGUGUCGUGGAGCGACCAGAGAAGGCAACUAUCAAGGCCUUCGUCAACAGCCCAGGUCCCUUUGCUCUAGCAAGCCCGUCCUUUCUGGUCGUGAGUGGAGCGCAAGGAACCGGAAAGACCACCAUGCUUAAGAGCCUAUUCGCAGAGUAUCACGACGACAGGCGAUGGGUGCUGCCCGUGAGUAAAGACAUCGACCCGGGCGGCAAACUGGAUCUCACGGAGGUAGUGCGGCAGGCGUUGAGAACGCAGAACCUGCCGCAGUUCCUGCCAAGUUUCCAGUUGAUCACGACCAUGCUGAGGACCCUGAGCGAGAAGUGCAGUCGCGAAAGUGGCGGUCCCCUCAUCGUCUACCUGCAGCUGUCCACCAAAACGCGGGGGGUCCCUUUCACCGAUGACCAGUGCGACGCGUUAGCAACAGAGAUCGGAGCCUUCGGCCGAAAGCUGACGUACGACUACCCCCUGUGCAAGCUGGUUGUGGAGCUCUCCGUGUCCCUCAUUGCCGACAAGAUCCAGGAGCGCUGCUGGGUCAAAAUCGGGACAAGUUCAACAUCUGAGCUGGUGGUGGUGGACCCACUUCCUUUGAAGAGCUUCGUGGAGCUGGCCCUGGAGAUUCCGGAGAUUGCUGGAUAUCUCAAGAUGGACGAGCUCGGCCGGGAGGCCAACGCCUCGGAUGCGCAGGGCAUCAAGGCCCAGAUCGACAAGUGGUAUGAGAAGAAGAUCCAGCCCAUCAAGGACGUGCUGGCAGAGACGGAGGAAGAGGAAGAGGAAGAGGAGGAGAGAUGGCUGGAGAAGCUCUUCCGAGAAUUCCGGGGCGAGAAGAAGCCCAAGAAGGAGCCGAAGUCCAAGUACCUGGACUACGUGACGAAGGUGGCCGAAGCAGGCCCAAAAGGCUACCUUAGCGGCGGUGAUGCGCUGCUCUAG